AUGUCACUAUGUUACUUCUGCAAUCUUCUCACGACAAGCUCUGCCCGGAGUUCCUCAGGCUCUAUCUACGCAGAAUAUGAGUUAAAAGACUUCGACGAAAGGUUGGAAGAUGGUGAAGCUACAGAUACUACAGAGAAGGACUGUGAUCUCUUUUCUCUUGUCAGUGACUUGUACAGGACAUGGCAGAAGGGUCAAGAGCCUCGCGAGGGCCGAUAUUUCUACAGCUGUAGGCCGAAUUCAUAUGACGUUACUACGCUUCCAGAUCCCUCCAAUAACAUCAAAGAUUGCCAAGUUGCUGUAUUUCCGGAUCCUUUGGGGGGCAUCGCUGCAGCUCGCAUUACAAAAUGGAUCGAGGAAUGCGUGAACAAUCAUGAGGCAUGUCAGCAAGAAGACACCAAGUUUUUCCCGACAAGAUUACUUGAUGUAGGGACCGAAGAUACUGACAUGGUAAAGUUGGUGGAACCUCACCAGAAGGUCGAAUAUGUGGCUCUAAGUCACUGCUGGGGACAGUCCAAGGAGUUCGUAACCACUCGGACUACAAUUGAACAGAUGAAUGAGGGCUUCCAUCUCACUUUAGAUGUUCCAAAGACGUUUCGAGAUGCUGUCAAGGUCAGUCGCAAGUUCGGUGUGCGUUAUUUAUGGAUCGACUCGCUCUGCAUUAUCCAGGGCGACUUUGCAGACUGGGAGAGGGAAGCAUCUCGGAUGGCUGAUGUAUACCGCGGCGCAUAUUUUACUAUAGGAGCAACCUCUGCCUCAGAUGACCGAGAGGGCUUCUUGAAACAAAGAAACUCUGCCCUCUGGGAACUCAAGGUUUUUACUGCUGCUGGAAGGAGCAUACAUGUGUAUUUGUGCCCUCAAGGUGACAAAUACAUAAACCCUCACCCUCUCCCUCUAGACACGCGAGGCUGGACUUUGCAAGAGCAAUAUUUGUCGAGGCGUAUGCUGCGAUUCAGCGAUUAUCAGACUACUUGGACAUGUCAGCAAAAGAGGUAUGAAGAACUUGAGCAGGAGGACAAUCGUAUACUGGACUGGUACACCAUCACCGAAAUUACCGAGCCUCUCGAGUCUUACGAAAGGGUCCAUAAGUGGUACAAAAUGAUUAGCGACUAUUCAACACGAGAAUUGUCCUACGAAUCGGAUCGGCUCCCAGCAUUGUCUGGGCUAGCAUCAUUUGUUGCCAGGUCUCGAGGUGCGCAGUACUGCGCAGGGAUGUGGUGGGAGGAUAUUGGCCAUGUGCUCUGCUGGCGCGUCGAUGAGACAGAUGUGCGAGCUUCGAGGGAGUAUAUUGCACCAUCGUGGUCUUGGGCCUCUCUCUUUGGUUCCGUCACCUUCCCUGGCUGGACGACCUCUUACGUGCAUCCUGCACCUAUGUCGUCAGUAAAGUAUUUGGAUGUCUACCUCGAGCUCAAAGGACAUGACUUCUUUGGUCAGCUGGCACGCGGGUGGCUUCAUCUGCAAGCGGUCACAGUCCGACUGAUCAAACCAUUCAGACUUAAUACAGGGCAACUGAGGUGUCACAUUGAGGGUAUAGACGACAUGUAUGAGGCAUGGACAGUGUUUGAUCCUGGGCACCCACAACAAGAGGCCCAGGGUAUAGUACUGAGGCGCGCCGCCGGGUUCAAUCGAAUGUCCGGGGAAACCCGGCCACAGGAAUUAAAACUUGAGGGCAUCAUUGUUCAGGAAGCUGGAGAAGACGAUUUAUCUCGCUUUCGCAACUGCAAACGACUUCCACGCUGUGAGAGGGUCUUUCAAAGAGUGGGCUACUUCGAUGUCGAACUGACAACAAAGGAGGAAAAACAGAUCUUGGAGAACGAGGUCCAAGAUAUCGUAUUGAUAUAA